UCCGUGCGCUACACACUAGCAGAAACAGACAGCAGCUGUCAGGUUCGGUGCACACACAAAACAAACCUUUUCGGGAAUAAAGUUACAUCUUUGUCACAUACUGUACACGUUUCUUCAAAGUAAAAGAUGGCGCAGUGGUGCCAGCUCCAGAUGUUGGACUGCAAGUACCUGGAGCAGGUGGACCAGCUGUACGACGACUCGUUCCCCAUGGACAUCCGCCAGUACCUGAGCAAGUGGAUCGAGAGCAUCGACUGGGACACGGUGGCAAUCCAGGACUCUCUUGCCACCAUUCGCUUCCACGACCUCCUGGCUCAGCUGGACGACCAACACAGCCGAUUCGCCCUGGAGAACAACUUCCUGCUGCAGCACAACAUUCGCAAGAUCAAGAGGAACCUGCAGGAUCGCUUCCAGGAAGAUCCAGUCCACAUGGCCAUGAUCAUCUCCAGGAACCUGAAGGAGGAGCAGAAGAUCCUGGAAUGUGCGAAGAGCACUGAGCAGGAGGGCGAGGGGAUGGUGUCGGCCAUGGUGGUGGAGAAACAGAAGCUGGACAACAAAGUGAAGGAGAUAAAAGACCGAGUCCAGGUAGCGGAUCAAAACAUUAAGACCCUAGAAGAUGUACAGGACGAGUACGACUUUAAAGUCAACACCCUGAAGAACAGAGAGAAUGAAAUGAACAGCAUGACGCCAAAGGAGCUGGAGAAAGAGAAGAUGACGGUUGGGAGGAUGUGCUUUGAACUGAAAGCCAAACGACAGGACGUGGUGACCCAGCUGACCGACCUCCUGAAUGUCGCUCAGGCUUUACUGUCAGACCUGAUCUCCGAAGAGCUGCCGGAAUGGAAGCAGCGGCAGCAGAUCGCCUGUAUCGGAGGCCCGCCCAACGCCUGCGUGGACCAGCUUCAGAACUGGUUCACGGCCGUAGCAGAGAGUCUCCAGCAGGUCCGUCAGCACCUGAAGAAGCUGCAGGAGUUGGAGCAGAAGUUCACCUACGACAACGACCCCAUCACGCAGAAAAAAGCUUACCUGGAGGCCCGAGCCCUGGACCUCCUCAAGAACCUCCUCUCCAA